CAUUAUCCUAUUUUAAUGAAAGUACUAUGCUUGUCUGAUGUAGGGGAACUCGUCUUUGUCUUUCUGUUAUUGUUUCUCCUAACGACAAUUAAAUGCUUGCAGACUGAUUGGGAAGGUGGUUGUUAUCCACUCACAAUUCACUUCAGUGAAGAUUAUCCGAGUAAACCGCCAAAGUGUAAAUUCCCACCAGGCUUUUUCCAUCCCAAUGUCUAUCCAUCUGGAACAGUUUGCUUGUCGAUCCUCAAUGAAGAUAGUGGGUGGAGACCAGCCAUCACCGUGAAACAGAUACUGGUUGGUAUCCAGGACUUGUUAGAUCAGCCAAACCCUGCUGAUCCUGCCCAAACUGAAGGGUAUCAUAUGUUUAUUCAGGAUGUUCUGGAGUACCGAAAGAGGGUGCGCCUGCAGUCUAAGCAGUAUCCACCUCUUGUUUAAAGAAUGUUUGUCUAAUGUUGUGGUGGCUCUAUAAUGUACGUCUAUGUUUGCUGUCAAUAGAGGACAAGGAAUCUGCCAGCUAGUGAUUCUGAUUGGGGUAUUUGUUUAAGUGGAGAAGUAAAUAUUUAUAACUACAGGAUUUUUAUCUCUGAUAGACUAUAUCUGUAGAACAAGCACAGAUGCAAAUUGUUAUCUAAAUGUGUUGAAAGUUAUUUUCUUUUGCAAAACUUCCAAAAAUCUUGCUCCAGGGAAUAUACUGUGUGUUUUGGAUCCAAUAUUAGCUCUGUUCUUUCUGUCUUCUUCUUUUUUUUGUUCGUCUGAAAAUGCCAAUGUAGCAAUUACCAAAAGGGAACAUUUUUCACUGGCAAGUCUUUGGUACGUUUUGAUUCCUUUGGGAAUUUUUGUCUUUGCCUGCACCAAGGACACAUUAAAUUGUUUGAUGUGA